AUGCUUGAAUUAGCUCAAAGUCUAGUAUUAAAUGAAGAUGCCCUAAAUAGUUUGCCGGAAAAAAAACGACCAGUAUUUAUCUAUGAAUGGUUAUGUUUUUUGAACAAAGUUUUAGUAGCUGCACAUAAGAAUGAUAUCCGUGAAUGUCAACCAAAAAUUGUUGAGCAAUUGCUACAACAAAUUAACUAUGGACCUGGUCCACCCAUUCGCACUCUGAUUGGCAAAAAUUUAGCUAAUCUAUUUAGCGUUGGAGACACAUUUCCACUGUUCAAUACAAUCAAUAAAUGCAAUGAUAUAUUGAAGUUGAAAGAUGAUAAUAUGACAAAUGCAAAAUUAGCAACUGUUGUUGUUAUUGGUGCAUUGUAUGAACGUUUAGGACGUUUAGUUGGACGUUCGUAUGAAGAAACCGUUCAUCUAUUAUUGCGUACGUUGAAAAGUACUGAAUCACAGAUGCGUAUUGAAAUUAUGUUUACAUUUGAAAAAAUUGUCAACGGUCUUGGCUCAGCUGGUUCAACUACACAAAAAGAAAUAUAUAGAGCAGCUAAAUCUUCUGUGUGUGAUCGUUCGAUGCCCGUUCGAUCGGCUGCAGCGAUGUGUCUGAUUGCAUUAAUAAAUCAGAAUAACUUUAUGUAUACGACAGAUUUGGAUAAUAAUGUUUUAUUAGGAUUUCGUGCCUUAGACGGUUCAAAUUAUGAUGUACGAUGCUCGGUGGCAAAAUAUCUUGCGGCAUUAUUAGCUACGUCACAAAAUCCACCAUUAUCGAACAUGAAUCAAAGUAGUCAGAAAGCGAAUAGUAAUACAAACAGUAUUAGACGAGCUAAAACCGAAGACAUAUUAAAUUAUUUAGCUGGUGGUUUUCUUCGUGGUGGUGUUGGCUUUUUAAAAAGUAAUACAACUGAACGAAUUAAAGGACCAACAGCUGUUCAGCGUGAAAUAAGAAUUGGUGUCACACAUACAUAUGUUGAAUUAGCACGUUAUUUGGGAACAUCAUGGUUAGAAAAAAAUUUAUCAUUAUUUAUCGAUCAUGUAUUAGAAUUGGCUGGAAAUCCCAGAUCGUCAACGUCUCAUGUUGAUAGUGUCUAUUCACGAAAAUGUAUCACAUUUAUUUUACGUUCAGUGAUUGGUUCAAUGCUUGGUGAAAAAGCACAAUUCGCUGCUGCCAAAGAAUUAUGUUCAAUAAUUACACGUUAUAUUACACAACAACAAUUGUCAGUAACGGCAGUUACGAGUACAACAACAACUUCAAAUUCAGGAAUUAUCGAUUCAACAUCAACAUCACUAAAUUCAAGCACGACAAGUAGUAAUCAAUCUCCAUCAACAACAGGAUCGAUGGUACAAUCAAUGAAUGAUUCCACCGUCUCUUUACCAUCAUCAGAAUAUACUCAACAUAUUUUAAUAUGUGCACUGCAGGAAUUAAGUUCACUAAUACAAAGUUUGGGUACAUCUGCAUCAUUGCUAUUACAUGAUAGUUGCAAUGGUCUCAUCGAUACCUUACUCCUAGUAUUGCUGAAUUCAUCACAUGCCGUACGCUUAUCAUCGGCAUGGUGUUUACGAUCAAUAACAACUGCAUUACCAUCAUUAAUGACUCCAUUAAUUGAUCGAUGUCUAGAUAAAAUGUAUAAACUAAUUAAAAUAACAACAUCGGCGAAUUCAGACGCAUUAUCUGGUUACGGCUUAGCAUUACAAUCACUAUUAGGCUCAGUUUAUCUGUGUCCAUUAGGUAUCCCAUCUCAACGAGGUAAAUUAAUAUUUGAUUUUGCUGAUGAUCUAUUACGAACAACUACAACAACAUCAGCAAUUCAGCAGCAAGCAUUGGUUCCUCGAAUUAUUAUUCAACGUACACAUACGGGCUGGCAUUUAUUAGCAUCUUGUUGUACAUUAGGACAACAAUUUAUUAAAAAAUUUAUUCCCUGUUUACUACUCUUAUGGCGUAAUGUAUUUCCUCGUAGUGCACAAGAUUUUGAACAAGAAAAAUUACGUGGUGAUAUAUUUACGUGGCAGUUAUCGUUUAAUCAACGUUCGGGUGCACUGUGUAGUAUGAUAAGCUUUCUAUUAAAUUGUUCGGCGAUUAAUGUAUCACAGCAACAACAACAACAAACGUUCACUGAAGCUGAAAAUAUUGUUAAUGAUGAUCUAUUGAAACGAAUGUUAAAUCCAGUUGAUAAUGCAGCACAAAUGUUGAGUCAUUUACCCAAUUUAGUUAAACAAUACGGACCACAAUUAAAAGCAUCAACUGCUAUGUUUCGAUUACGUUUAUAUGAAUUAUUAUUACUAAUCCCAGUUAAAUUUUUUGAACAACAUUUUAACGUAUUACUAAGGGAGUUAGUUGCAGAAUUUACAUUAACGGAUAAUUCGGCUAAUACAACGACAUCAUUAUUGAGAUCUGUAUGUCACGAUAAUGAUAGCGUACUGUUAGGAAAUUGGCUUCAGGAAACAGAUUAUCAAACGAUAGAAGAACAACUACAACCGAAUUCUGCAAGUGGAUCUGGCGCAUUGGAGCACGAUGAAACAUAUUUAUAUCGUCGUGUAAAUCCAAUGAAUACAAAUAGUUUAACAAAUUCUUCAAUUAUCAGUUCAAAUAUUAUCAAUUUACUUCGUACAACAACAAAUGAAAACAUAAAUUAUUCUCGUCCGGUAGAAUUGAAUGUACCGGGACCACUUCCAUUAGGCGUGGCUGUUAUUGAUGCGUCAAUAUUAUUAUAUGGCACGAUGUUUGUUCGUGUACCGAAUAAACAUCGUUUACAAAUGUUACAACAUUUUGGAGAUUGUAUUAAACAAUCGAAAGCUCAACGACAAGAAGCCGUUCAAGUGAACAUAUUUACUGCCGUGUUAACAGCUUUAAAAUGUUUAGCAGAAACAAAAUCAUCGUUGGAUGAUGAAAAUGUACGUAAAUCAGCGUGUAAUCUUGUUUUACAAACUCUAAGUAAUAAUAAUCCAAUAUUGCGUUGUGCCGCUGGAGAAGCACUGGGACGUUUAACACAAGUCGUGGGUGAUGGACGAUUUGUAGCUGAGAUAGCUCAGUUUUGUUUUGACCGUUUGAAAGAAUAUCGUGAUAUACCGUCGCGUACCGGCUAUUCACUUGCACUUGGAUGUUUACAUCGUUAUGUGGGAGGAAUUGGAGCGGGACAACAUUUAAAUUUAUCCGUAUCAAUAUUAUUAGCUCUUGCACAAGAUUGUUCAGCUCCCAUAGUACAAGUAUGGUCAUUACAUGCUCUAGCAUUGAUAGCUGAUUGUGGUGGACAAAUGUUUCGUGGAUAUGUGGAACCAACAUUAGCAUUAAUUUUGCAUCUUCUCUUAUCAGUACCAUCAUCACAAAUUGAUGUAUUUCAAUGCUGUGGACGUCUAUUGGGUGCAUUGAUCAUAACAAUUGGACCAGAAUUACAAGCAAAUACAAAUUAUAUUAGUAUAUUACGUUCAUCUUGUUUGACUUCGUCGACACUUCUACAAAUGCAUAUUGAUCCAAUUGUUCAAGCUGAAGCUAUACAGUCACUACAACAACUACAUUUAUUUGCACCACGACACGUAAAUUUGUCAACAUUAGUUCCAGAAUUAAUAAAAGCUUUAAAAAGUCGAGAUUUAUCACUAAGACGAGCAUGUGUAUCUUGCCUUAGACAAUUAUCUCAACGAGAAGCCAAAGAAGUUAGUGAACAUGCUAAAGUAUUUAUGAAAGAGUCAUCUACAACAACAGGAACAUUAUCCGAAUUUCAUAGUUUAGAAGAGUUAUUAUUUUCUAUGCUCGAUACGGAAACUGAUUCAAAAUUAUGUUCAAAUGUACAAGAUACUUUAGUUUGUAUGUUGCAAGCUUUGGGCGAAAAUAACUUAAGUCAUUGGCUAUCAUUAUGCAAAGAUGUAUUAGCAGCGACAACCGAAACAAGUAAUCCAACAUUAUCUGAACCAGAACAACCAUCGCAAUCAUCUUCGUCUCAGUCAACAAUUCGUCCAUCAAAAAAUGUGACAAAUGGUGAUAAUGAUGAUGAAGAUAAUUUUGAUCUGAAUGAAGAUGAUAGUGAAGACUAUACGGAUACGGGAGGUGAAGAACGUCUUCAUACCAGUAAACAAAAUUUUCGUCGUGCAACAAGUUCAGCAAAAUGGCCAACAAAAGUAUUUGCAUCAGAAUGUAUUCAAAAAUUAAUUCGCUGUUGUGAAACAAGUACACAAUUAAAUGCAUCGUUUCAUUUUGAUAUGAUUAUGGCUAAAGAACGUAUUAAAAAACAUCAAAAUGAAGAUUAUCUUAUCUUGCAUAUUAAUAAUUUAGUUACUUUUUCAUUUAUGGCGUCAACAUCGACCAGUGAUCAAUUACGUUUAUCUGGACUUUCAUUAUUGAAAAUAAUUAUUUUAAAAUUUUCAAAUGUUCAAGAAGAUCAAGAGUUACCCGAUCAUGUUAUUCUAGAACAAUAUCAAGCACAAGUGGGUGCAGCAUUACGUCCAGCAUUUUCCGCUGAUACACCGUCUCAUGUUACAGCAAAAGCAUGCGAUGUAUGUAGUACGUGGAUAUCGAGUGGUGUUGCUCAUGAUAUCAAUGAUUUAAGACGUGUUUAUCAGUUAUUAGUAUCAUCGUUGCAAAAAUUUACAUCAACAACAAAAAUAACGCAACAACAACCGAGUACAACAAAAAAUCCAAAUAAUAGUGAAACAAUGAUUUAUAGUGAAAAUGCAUUAACAAUAGAAAAUUUAGCAGUAUUAAAAGCAUGGGCCGAUGUUUAUAAUGAAGCAAUGAAACAAGAACAUCGAACAAAUAAAAAACAAGAUAGCAAUUUAUUGAUGUUAGUACAACCAGAAUUAAAUGUAUUAAUACACCAUUGGCUUGCUGCAUUAACCGAUUAUGCAAUAUUAACAUUACCAAGUGAAUUUGGUGGACAAAUAACAGAUGAAAAUAAUAGUAAUAAUUCAACUAUGGGUGGUACAUUUUAUUCAGCCGAGUCAAUGGAUAUCGCACGUAUUAUUUAUAAACAUAAUUGGUCAGCAAUAAUGCAAGCAACAACAUUGUGGUUAUGUGAACAUCAUUAUGAAUUAGAUAUAUUACCAGCUAAUCAAAAAUUAUUAGGUUUUAGACAAAUGUAUAAUAGUUCUAAAUCAAUAGAACAAGAUGAUAAUAAUGGACAACAAGGAAAUAAAACAACAAAUAAAAUAAAAUUUUUACCAACAACAAAUAAUAAUAAUAAUAGUAAUUCAAACAAAAUUCGAACAUUUCCAGAUAAAAAACAAGACAUGUUUGCUAUGUUACUUGGUUGUUGCAUUGAAGCACUAUCAAUAUCUUUAACCGAUCAGACAAUGGAAACGACCGAUUCAAUAAUGAAUUCUGUCAUAAAUCUUUUAAAUUCAAAAAUUGCAUGUGAACAAAUAAAUAAAGCAAUUUUGAUUGAAUUAAUCAAUGUUUUACAUCGGUUAUACUUUGUUCGUACUGAUUUAGCGACACAUUUAAGAAUAUUACAGAUUAUUGAUCAAAUAUUUCAUCUUGUUCCAAUGUGUUCAAAAAUUGAGACUACAGAAGAUAAACUAGUGCCUGGCGAAUCAUUUCUUUUCGCAUCAUUAGAAUUAAUUAUAUGUGUAUUAUUAAGUUAUUAUCCCGAUGUUGGUGGUAAUCUACAAUUGGGACCAUUAUUUCAAAUGAAAACUGUAAAAUUACUAAAUAAUAACAACGGAAACAAUUAUCAAUACAAUGAAUUAUUGAUUUCUACUCUAACAUUACUCACUGAAAUAGUAGCAUUAUGUAGUAACGAUGAAGCAUUAUUAUCAAUUAUUCCAAUUGUUUUAUAUUUGUUACUAUCAACAGCUUGUGUUCUUAUCACAUUAAAAGUAGAAACGAAUGAUCACGUUUUCUCAAUUAUAACUCAGUUAUUAAAUAAUACAUGUAGUACAAAUAUGAAUAGUGAUGAUGAACAAUUAACUAGUAUUUUACGUUGUGCAGUAAUAACAAUAAUUAAUUAUCGAACCGAUCUUAAAACAAAACAAAUUGAUGAUGGUGGUUAUUUUGUUCAAUGUAUGACAUCAUUAAUAACACAUUCAAGUUCUCUUGAUUUAUUGGUACCUAAAAAUAUAUUUGAAUUAUGUUUAAAUUUUUAUAAAGAUGCAUUUACAGAAGAAAUGUAUCAGUCUCGUCUAAGAACAUUAAAAUCAUUGAAUAUAUUAUUUCAAUAUUCUAAUUUACAUAUUCGAUGUUUAUUCAUACAAGAAUUUGCACCAUCAUUAUUUAUUCAAUUGAGUAAAAUGCAAAAAACGAAUCUCAACGAACAACAACAACAAAUCACUAUUGAAAUAUUAAAAAUUAUUGAAACAUUAUUUACAAUUGUUGAUUCCACUCAUCGUAAGUGUUACGGUAGAUUACAGUGCACGUCAAUAGUCUCGCACCGCUUUUUUGUUUUGAGUCGUGUAUUAAAACUACACAGCAUUAAUUUAAUUUAAUUAUAUACCUGUAUAGUAGAGAUCGAUUACUCUAUAUAUACAUCUGUUUAAUACGAAAAACGCUUGAAUAUAAAAUACAAUAAAAAAAAUAAAGUUCAGUUCUAAGAAAAAAAUGACAUAAAAAAAGACAAAAUGGUAUUGUUAUUAUAGGAUACUUUCAUAUGCAGUCAACCACAAAAAAACGCAAAGUAUUCAGAAAACUUUUCGUUUUAUCAGACUUUGCAGAGCUUUUUCCGCUGAUCAUUUUGGAUUUCAUUGACAAAUGACGGUGUUAUAGCCAAAAUAUUAAACACUGUGAAAUACCGCCCCCAGUCGAGACUCCCGGCAAAACUCCCACGGGACUCCUGUCACGGGGUCCGGCGGGAUCCUGUACGAGUCAGGUGGGACUUUCAAGGAAUUUCUCAGGACUCCUGAAGACUCCCGUGCGACUUUGAGGGUUCUGAAGACUUUCGUUGGACUCCCGCAGGACUCGAAAGCUCCACAGAAGUCCCACGGGAGUCUUCAGGAGUCCUGAG